AUGCACUUGAAACUAGGAGCUAGCUUGGUAGUCCUGGUUGCUAGCCAUGUGGUAGCCCUAUCCCAAAUAACAGACGAUGAGAUGGGCUCACUGCUCGAUGCAGGUGGCGUAGAUCUAGCACACCGAUACGCGCCCAUGUGGUUCUUUGGCCAAGCCCUGAAUCAGCCGCCCUGCUAUCCAACCUGGACGUAUGGCGGCUCACCAAACACACCAGAUGUUUAUGAUGACGCCCACAGGACACCGGGCGCGCCACAGUGUGAUUACCCAGACGUCGGGUGCAAUUGCCGCAACCCUGGCGUUGGCAUCGGGAAUCCGGGCCCUGAAUUUCCCGUUUAUUAUACAUAUCAGAGAUGCAGCGAUACCGAAGUGCGCGUUGUCUAUAAUCUCUUUUAUGAGAAAGAUGGCGCAGAAUUUAUCGGCAUCGACACUGGACAUGACUACGACUGGGAGCGAGUAGUAAUAAUCCACUCUCGAGAUGACAGCAACAUGUGGGCGCCAUCGCGCGCCCUGCUCUCUGCGCAUAGCGGGUACCACAACCUGGCCUGGGGCGACAUCCAAAACACCCUAACGACGGAGGAGGUCAACGCGGGAAGCGCCAAAACCCCGAACGGCGUAAAGAACAAUGACCAUCCGAAGGUGUAUGUGUCAUGGUCGAAGCAUGCGCACUUCGAUACUCGCAAUACCGGGUGGAAUGACCCGGCAAGCCAGUCACUGGAUAAUGCAUUCCGGAGCGAUGAUUGGUGGUACUUUGUCGAGCCACAGUACUAUAUCCGAGCCGAUGAUAGUACAGAGGCGGGUAAGGUUAUCGGGGCUGCUGAUUGGGGUAGCGCAACCAGUGACCCGGUGUCGGUGCAGUCUGGCGUGUGCCAGGCCUCAUAG